AGUUUGACUUCUACUGCUUUCCGUACACAAACAACUCGACUGCGUUGUUGUGUCGUCUGAAGUGUGCGCUGCAUUCAGUCAUGUGUCGUAGAUAAUUAUUACUUUUCCACUUUGCUAUUUAUUAUUUUUUACAGGUAGGACACUGCUCCAUUGGUAACUAAAAUGGAGACCGAAAGUAGACCGAAAAAGAGAUCCUAUGGGGAGGGAGAAAAGGCAGGUUCAGAAGGAUCUGAGGAUGAUGACUACGUUCCAUAUGUUCCUGUCAAAAUAAGAAAGCAACAAAUGUUGCAGAAGAUGUUACGGUUGCGAGGGAAGGCAGUGGAGGAGGAGCAGAAAGACAGUGGGGGAGAGCAGCGGGAUGAGGAUGAAGGUCUUGGUCCACGCUCCAAUGUCAGUCUCCUCGACCAGCAUCAGCACCUCAAGGAGAAAGCAGAAGCUCGUAAGGAGUCAGCCAAGGAGAAGCAGCUGAAAGAGGAAGAGAAGAUUCUUGAGAGUGUUGCAGAGGGUAGAGCUCUGAUGUCUGUGAAAGAAAUGGCCAAAGGUAUCAUAUAUGAUGAUCCAAUCAAAACUAGUUGGAAGGCGCCACGUUAUAUUCUGAAUAUGCCCGAAGCAAGACAUGAGCGCGUUAGGAAGAAGUUCCACAUCCUGGUCGAUGGAGACGGUAUCCCCGCUCCAAUCAAAAGCUUCAGGGAGAUGAAAUUUCCACCAGCAAUUCUGAAAGGGUUGAAAAAGAAAGGCAUUGUGCACCCCACACCAAUUCAAAUUCAAGGAAUCCCUACAAUUCUGUCAGGUCGAGACAUGAUUGGUAUCGCCUUCACUGGUUCGGGAAAGACCUUGGUCUUUACUCUGCCCAUUAUCAUGUUUGCCCUGGAGCAGGAGAAGAGGCUGCCUUUUUGCAAGAGAGAGGGACCUUAUGGACUCAUAAUCUGUCCAUCGCGAGAGUUGGCGAGGCAAACCCAUGGCAUCAUAGAGUAUUACUGCAAGCUGCUGGAGGAAGAGGGCGCCCCUCAGCUGCGCUCUGCCCUCUGCAUAGGAGGAAUGUCUGUCAAGGAGCAGAUGGAAGUGGUGAAACAUGGUGUCCACAUGAUGGUUGCCACUCCUGGCAGACUUAUGGACCUGCUGCAGAAGAAGAUGGUAAGUCUGGACAUUUGCCGCUACCUGGCACUGGAUGAGGCUGAUAGGAUGAUUGACAUGGGCUUUGAGGAGGACAUCAGAACCAUCUUCUCCUACUUCAAGGGCCAGAGACAAACCCUGCUUUUCAGUGCCACUAUGCCAAAGAAGAUCCAGAACUUUGCCAAGAGCGCACUGGUCAAACCUAUCACGAUAAAUGUUGGCAGAGCUGGUGCUGCCAGCUUGGAUGUCAUCCAGGAAGUGGAAUAUGUCAAAGAGGAGGCCAAGAUGGUGUACUUGCUUGAGUGUCUCCAGAAAACUCCACCUCCUGUGUUGAUGUUUGCUGAGAAGAAAGCAGAUGUGGAUGCCAUUCAUGAGUAUCUGUUGCUAAAAGGAGUGGAGGCUGUGGCUAUCCAUGGAGGAAAAGAUCAGGAGGAAAGAACUAAAGCUAUUGAAGCAUUCAAAGAAGGAAAGAAAGAUGUGUUAGUAGCCACAGACGUUGCCUCCAAAGGUCUGGAUUUCCCAGCUAUACAGCAUGUGGUGAAUUACGACAUGCCCGAGGAAAUAGAAAACUAUGUCCAUAGAAUUGGAAGAACAGGACGAUCAGGCAAGACUGGUAUUGCCACAACUUUCAUCAAUAAAGGCUGUGAUGAAUCAGUACUGAUGGAUCUGAAAGCCCUACUGAUUGAGGCCAAGCAGAAGGUUCCUCCUGUGCUCCAGGUGCUCCAGACCGGAGACGAGACCAUGCUGGACAUUGGAGGAGAGAGAGGCUGUACAUUUUGUGGCGGUCUGGGCCAUCGUAUCACAGACUGUCCUAAGCUGGAGGCCAUGCAGACCAAGCAGGUUACCAACAUCGGGAGGAAAGACUACCUGGCUCAUAGCUCAAUGGACUUUUAAGGGCUUUUCUCGUCAUGGAUGAUUGUCAAGUGCGGGACUGGAUUGAGAAAUAUUUCAGAGAAAAUUGUAUUGUCAUUUGCAUCAUGUUAUUGAAUUAAGGAAGUGUAUUUUUUUUUUAUUAUUGCAGAUCUGUUAGCAAAAAGGAUUAAGCUUGCACAUUUUUUUGCCAUUUUUUCUUCAUGCUUGUUCCUACUGUGCUUUUGUAAUAUACUUUUAGUUGUCUGUGAUUGUAAAUAAACAAAAAUUUCUACUA